AUGUUUGCGGUUAUGCGUCUGUCGCGCGCACAUCGCCAGCUGUUCUAUGGAAUCUACAAGUACGUGCAGCGAAACGAGCACGAGCUCACCUCCACCGUGACAGAAGGAGCCCGCAUCACAUGGCGCUCGUUUGAGCCAGGCAUCUUCUUCAUCUUUGUGCAUCCAAACGAGCAUGUCGAAGACACGACCGUCGACAGCUUUGUGCAACUCCUCUUCAACUCCUUGACGUUUCUCUUGAGCAAGGAGAGCCUAUCGGCUGAUGCCACUUCUCUUCGCCUCAGUCUCCGGGCGUGCUUUGGCUUUAUUGACCAUCUACUCCAAGAGCACAACAACCUCGCGCUGCAGCUGGGCUGCAUGGAGGUGGCGCUGAGCGGAUCGCCUGCGGAGCUGCAGGAGGUGCUCAACACAUUCUGCGAGCACGCCGAGAGCAACUACGGCGCCCUUCUCGUCGGUGGCCGAUGCGUUGCAGCAACAGAACCGUUCUGGGAGCUGAGUAGCACAGACACGUGUUUGGUGUGCGCCUAUGCGGCGUAUCUUCCAGCGAGCGACGCGUUUGACGGCCCAGUGUUUCUGCCCACCUUGAGUCCAGAUGUUCCCCACCGCUUCGUUCGCCUUCGCCUCCUGCACAACGUCUACGUUGUUCUGCUCUGCGGCGCCCGCCCUGCGCUCCACACGCUCGUCCAGCAGCUGGUGCCGAGCAUAUGGAAGGGCAUUCUUCCGCUUCUUCAGGAUACAGCGAGAUUGGAAGAGACAGGACUGCCACCAUCGUCGUCCACCGUGCACGAGAGCGUGCUCGGAGUGCUGGCUGUUGACCCCGUGUACCACCGCUGCUUGGUAACCACACCCUCGCCAGACGUGCAGCUGCAGCACACACGCUGCCCAACUCGUCGCAUCCUGCGUGCAUGGUACAAGCAGAUCUUGGACGCACGGCAUCAGCUUGACACCGACACACAACAGCUGCACGAGACGUACUCGUGUCACGAGACGUACAGUACAUAUGCCAUCCUCCGACCAACCUGCCAUGUCCUCGUCGUCUUGGCGCCAUCGUUACCAACGUAUGCUCUCAAGGCUGUGGCGCAGGAAACAGCCGCAACUCUCUCGCAACUUGGCUUGGGGUGAACUCAAAUCAACGGAUGUCGCCUUCAUGUCUGCUUCCUCUUUUUGUGUUCACAUCGUUAACUCGGACCACAUCAGAACCUCCCUCGCAUCUUCGCUUGGCUUGAACGACUGCGUGCGCGUGUGUGUAAGAUUAAACGUCACAUUCCUC